AUAGGGACCCAAUAUGAUCGAGGACAAAGUUGUGUAGAGUAUAGAUUUUUUACUUAAAUAGAAAGUUAAAUAUGUAAUCAUACAAUUCUUCUAAAUUGUCUAUUAGGGGAGAUAUAGUUCAUGAAAUAAAUACACAUCAUCCCCUUUUCGAUGUAGAUUAAGAAAGCCCGUAAACCAGGCAGUCAGAAACCAAAUGUGAAGUGGCAGUGAGGGGUUCAGUUCCGGCUUUUCCUCUUCCUUCUCCACUUUAUCUUAUUCAUGGAGCGUUACUCGUCUUCCGGGCGGUUGUCCUUGUGCAGGGCGGAUCUAAAACUUGUUGCUGACGGCGAUGGAGUGAUCCCUGUGCCUAAGAAACAACAUUUUGAUUUCUCUUUCUUGUUUCCUGGAUUGAUGGACCGCGCGUUGUUCGACUUUUUCUGUGAUGCAUGCAACGACGGAACUGUAUUAGGGGGAGAACUAAUUACCGGAUUUUUGCAACUGAAGCAAUCGAGAUUCUACAGCAUCAGUGUUUGUCAAGCCUUUAGCGAUUGGUUCAUUUUCUCUCCUCUACCCCGUAAACCAGGUUCUCUUCGGCUCUCUCUUGAGGAGGUCGAGUAUCGUCAGCUCUACAAUGAUUAUGAGCUUGCGAAAGCUCAUUUUUACACUCUUGCGAAUGAUGACGAAUUCCUGAGUCUCUGCAUCUCUCUCCACCGUUGGUACAAAAGUGGUAGAAAAAGCUCGUGCAAGCCUCUCAAACUUAUUCCGUUCGAUAAGGGACUUGUUGCUGAAUCUGGGGUUUUGAAGGGCCACGCUGAUGCUAUUGAAGAAGGUUUGGUGGUUGACGGCGAUGGAGUCAUCCCUGUGCCUAAUGUCUCCAGCUAUGUCCUCUCUCAGGUCAUCCUCUUCUUGGAGAAGAAACAGCAUUUCCAGGAGACCCACGACAAAGCUGCCGCCCACUACGAGGGCUGGUCCACCGCCUUUUUCAACCGGAACAGCCACGUUCUCCCCGAUUUGCAUCAGGCUGCGCAAGAUCUUCAGAUCCCAAGCUUGCUGGAAUCGAUAAGUAAGGUGCAAAAGCGCAAGGAUGGUGGCCACCUCAAUGACAAUUUGUCUAGCGAAAUGUUCCACUAUUUCUGUGGUAUGGCCGGCACCAACAAACGCAGCAGAGCCAUCCUGGAGGAAUUGAAUAACAUCAAGUUAUUUAGAGGCUUGGAUAAGGUUGCCUGUGAAAACUUCCGAAUAUGGUUCACUCAGAUUGGAGAUUUGGGUAGGGACCAUCACAAUGAAUUCAAGACUCUCAUGAAGUCCGCAGACUUCAGUCAAGUCUGCCUUUCUCUUUAUUGGGGCGAUGAACGUCUGCAGUUUGCCCAGGUCUCCCUAAGAAGCCAAGACGGAAAGGUCUUGAAGAUCGAUAAGAGUGUUGCCGUUGAUGAAUCUGUGUUUUUAAGACGCUGUGUUAGGUGUAGUGGUUGGUGGACUGAGAUCCCUGUGAGCAUUGGUAGCCCUGUACUCUCACCGGUCAUUGACUUCUGUUGUAAGGUAUGGGAUUUCCAUAAGAUAUAUGGUUCCCGCCGGAUCAAGGAGGGCCUUGUGGUUGUGGAUCAUUUCCGGGGCUGGAUCACAGAAUUCCUCAAGAAUAACAUAGACAUGCUCUCCGAAUUGUAUGAGGCUGCUGACUUUCUUGAAAUCCCGAGCCUGUUGCUGCUUACAACUGAGGAGGUGACAGAUCUGGUGACGAGGCCACUUGAUAAGGCCUCCGUGUUGUCUGGGAAACUAUCAUUUUCGCGAAUGCUCUCAUCCCUUUUAGUUAAAUUCACAGAGUAGGGUUGGCCAUCAAGUAGGAAAUUGGUUUGCUGUUGUUAAUCAAAGGACUACUUGAUUUGCUUGUUCACCAUUUUUAUGUUUGCUUUCUUGGUGAACUUCAGUUUGUUUUCUAUUUUAAUGUUGUAGUAAUAACUGAUUAUGAACCCAUUUGGAUAUUGUUCGUUAUGACUAGAUAUUAAUUCGUUACAACAGUGGAAAUAAUUAUAUGAAGGAAAAGUCUAGGGGCAAGCAAUUUUAUUGAAUUUUGGCCAGCAUGUAACCAGCAGAGGAAGGUGAGCCAUUGGAUGAAAUUUCACACCAAUCUCACACUAUCAAAUUAUCAUUGAUGGCUAGUUGAUGACUAUCAAUCACAAAAAUUGCUGGUCCCCUAGCAUUGCUCAUAUGAAUUGUGUUUUAAUAAAACUAAUUGUUUGUUCUCUUGAGAGGUUCUUUGAA